GGCGGGCGUGGUGCGUGCGCCGCGAGCGCGCGGCAGUCUCCGCGCAGAGCCCGCUCCUGGCGCCCGCCGGCCCGAGUCAUGCCGCGUGCCCGCCGCUGACGAUUGCCGCUGUCUCACGCUGCACGUGCACUGUGUCCGUACUACCUCACCCGUCCCCGGCACCACGACCACGUCUGAACAUGGCUCACUAGUCUCCGCUUGCAGGUGACAGAGAAGGCGGUCGAGGCAGCGCGGUCGAGGCGAGGCGCGGGGCGGGGGGCGCGCGGCCGCGGCGCGAUGCGCUGACGCCAUGCGCCGGCAGACAUGCCACGUCGCGCCGCCGCCGCGCCCGCGGCCCUGCUGCUGCUGCUCACGCUCGCCUGCGCCGGGUGCGCCGGCAACCCGGACGCCAAGCGACUCUACGACGACCUGUUGAGCAACUACAACAAGCUGGUGCGGCCCGUCCUCAACGUGAGCGACGCGCUCACCGUCCGCAUCAAGCUCAAGCUCAGCCAGCUCAUCGACGUGAAUCUGAAGAAUCAGAUAAUGACAACCAAUCUCUGGGUAGAACAGAGUUGGUACGACUACAAGCUUUCGUGGGAGCCUCGUGAAUACGGAGGCGUGGAGAUGCUUCAUGUGCCCUCCGACCACAUCUGGAGGCCGGACAUCGUGCUCUACAACAAUGCUGACGGCAACUUCGAGGUGACACUGGCCACCAAGGCGACGCUGAACUACACGGGCCGCGUGGAGUGGCGUCCGCCCGCCAUCUACAAGUCAUCCUGCGAGAUCGACGUCGAGUACUUCCCUUUCGACCAGCAGACCUGUGUCAUGAAAUUUGGAUCCUGGACAUACGAUGGUUUUCAGGUUGACCUACGACACAUUGACGAGGCUCGCGGCACGAACGUGGUGGAGCUCGGCGUUGAUCUCUCCGAGUUCUAUACUUCAGUGGAAUGGGAUAUCCUCGAAGUACCAGCCGUUCGAAAUGAAAAAUUCUACACAUGUUGUGACGAGCCCUACCUGGAUAUCACAUUCAACAUCACGAUGCGGCGCAAGACGUUGUUCUACACCGUCAACCUGAUCAUCCCGUGCAUGGGCAUCUCCUUCCUCACGGUGCUCGUGUUCUACCUGCCCUCGGACAGCGGCGAAAAGGUAUCGCUGUCCAUAUCUAUCCUGCUGUCGCUCACCGUGUUCUUCUUGCUUCUGGCGGAGAUCAUCCCGCCGACGUCUCUGGUCGUGCCGCUGCUGGGGAAGUUCGUGUUGUUCACUAUGAUCCUCGACACCUUCAGUAUCUGCGUGACGGUGGUGGUGCUGAACGUGCACUUCCGCUCGCCGCAGACGCACACCAUGGCGCCGUGGGUGCGGCGCGUGUUCAUCCACGUGCUGCCGCGGCUGCUCGUCAUGCGCCGCCCGCACUACCGCCUCGACCCACACCGCAGUCGCUUUGCGGGUUUGGUGACGGGCGGCGGCGCGGGCGCGCCGUGGGAGGUGGGCGGCUCGCCGGUGCCGGUGACGUCGGCGCCGGGCGGCGGCGUCGCCGCGUGCUCCGCGUGCCGCGCCUGCCGUCUGCACGACGCGCCCGCGCUCUGCGACGCGCUGCGCCGCUGGCACCGCUGUCCCGAGCUGCACAAGGCCAUUGACGGCAUCAACUAUAUCGCUGAUCAGACGCGCAAGGAGGAAGAGUCUACGAGGGUGAAAGAAGACUGGAAGUACGUGGCCAUGGUGCUGGAUCGACUGUUCCUGUGGAUCUUCACGCUGGCGGUGGUGGUGGGGUCGGCGGGCAUCAUCCUGCAGGCGCCCACACUAUACGACGAGCGAGCGCCCAUCGACGUGCGGCUGUCGGAGAUCGCAUACGCGACCGCCAAGCCGCGGUCCUCGCCGCCGCCGCCGCGCUGACCUCACUGUCGCCACGAUCUCUUCCGAUGAUGCGAUGCGUCCUAUACGUCAUAUUCCCUGGAGUCGGCGGACUUCUUGUGUAAUUUUACGAUAUUGUAAAUAAUAUACAGAUUAUAGUUUAUACGACGAGCGAUGCUAUUAAGAAUGAGUCGAAUUUCUUUUGAUAGAGACGAAAUAAAUCGAU